UGUUAGCUAGAAGAGGGAGUUUAUGCUGUGAAUGGUAGAGGGCAUGUCAAUAUUAUCUGUGGGACUCUAAGAAGGCUGCUGAGUGAUUUAUCUUGUGUCUUGAUGGCUAUGUUUUGGAGCUUGUUGAGUUUUUCCCUGCUCCUGCUGGCUUAUGUUGGCUCUACAGAAGCCCAGUGGUACUGGCCUUGGUACCGUAAACCUGAUCCAACCACAAAAGCACCUGAGUUGGAAACAACCCUUCCUCAGGAAUUUCUAAGCACUACAAGUCUGGGAACAUCUGCCAUUGGAGUCACAAAUAACGUGGAGCAGGAUGCAGUUUUUACAAGUGGCACACCUGAGUCUGCAACAGAAGAAAACCUUGCUGGAGUAGGUGCAGAGAUAAUUGAAGUUGCUAGUGGGAUUCGCAAUUUUGUUCAGACCUGGGACCAAACCUCAGACACAAACGUGCAAAAAUUGACCACCACUAAACAAGAGCAGGGAAGUACUCAAACAGAAGUCAUAUCAACGGUGCCUGAUACACAUGCAACAGACAAGGUCAUGACUUCCACUGCUGCCUGGAAAUUGGAAGUCACUACCGAAUCAAAAGUUUCACCCUCACUGCCAGCUACGAAGCACUUUUUAGAAGGACAUGAGUUAUUUAAUAGUACUUCACAGAUGGAGAUUACAGGUGCUGGUAAAUGGGAGUUAUCUGGCGAUGGAGAAAGUGGAGAAAGUGGAUCAUCAAUGGGAGAGAGCCAGGAUGAAGCUGAUCUUCCACAAAAGAAAAACACUACAUUCUAUCAUGGCAACAUCACAACUGGAGGGCUUUUGCCAGUGGGAAAUAUUUCUGAAAUACAGGAUUUUGCUGAAAAUGUCAGCACAUAUGUUGGGAAUUCAAAGGCAGAGAUAUCUUUAACUUCUGUGGACAACCGCAAUGGGACGGCUGAGGAGAAUGUUACUGGCCACACGGGUAACCAUAUUGACAACCAGUCAAGCCAAAGCCUUAAUUUUUCUGAGCAUCUUGGGAUAGCCAGAACUGGUUUCAGUAGGAAUAGCAGCUCUAGCUCUAGUAGUUUUAGCUGGAAUGCAACUAAUCAAGUGGUGAGGCUCUCUGGUAAUUAUUCUGAUUUACUAACCUAUACUAAAAGCACGGAGUCUCUUGUAGAUAGCAGUGCCUCUUUUCUGGAAUCUUCCCGCUGCUUGCCUAUGGCUGCUGAUUUGCCAUUUUGCACCAACAUGGGCAUUGAGAGCUUUGCUUUACCGAAUUAUCUAAAUCACACCAGUGUGUUGGAGGUCCAGGCUACUUUGCUUGAGUGGGCGUGGCUCUUGAAAUCUCGUUGCCACCAUAGCUUGGAGAGGUUUUUCUGCUUGCUGCUGGUGCCCAAGUGUGGCACGGUAGGCCUGGCGCCAGCUCUGCCCUGCCGCAGUUUCUGCGAGACUCUCCGUGAUGGCUGCUGGAUGCACCUCCAUGAGGGCCGCCUGCCGGUGUCAUGUGACUCUCUCCCUGAGAAGGAUCAUGCGUAUCAGUGCUUGUCAGUUAGUAACACAAAAGGUGAAAGUGGCGUUACAUUACUGCAACUCAUUGGUGAUCCUCCACCAGAACAAAUCACCAAAAUCUUUGGCCCUGACAAUAGCCCUGGCUAUGUCUUUGGUCCUGACUCCAACACUGGCCAGCUUGCAAGAGCACACUUGCCCAGUCCUUUUUAUCGGGACUUUUCCCUCCUCUUUAACCUUCAGCCAACCUCCAAAAAGGCAGGUGUGAUUUUCUCCAUCACAGAUGCCUCUCAGCAGAUCAUGUAUGUGGGUGUCAAGUUGUCUGCAGUGCAAGGAGAAAAACAGAGGGUACAGUUUUACUACACUGAGCCUGGAUCCCAAACCUCUUAUGAGGCAGCUAGUUUCAGCGUGCCAUCUCUUGCCAACCGCUGGACACGUUUUUCCAUCAGUGUGAAAGAUGAUGAGGUAAUGUUCUACAACAUGUGUGACUCCGAUCCCAUCCUGGUCCGAUUUGAGCGUUCCCCCGAUGAGAUGGAACUGGAAGGUGGAGCAGGAGUCUUUGUUGGACAAGCUGGAGGAGCUGAUCCAGACAGAUUUUUGGGUGUAAUUGCAGAGCUGAAGGUGAUUGGGGAUCCCCGUGCUGCUGAACGACUUUGUGAAGAAGAGGAAGAUGACUCAGAUGCAGUCUCUGGUGACUUUGGAAGUGGCAGUGAUGUGGCACCAACAGAAACGACAACACCUCCAUCUAUGCGGCCAAUACAACAGCCCCCAGUGACGUCCCAAGUCCACACUUCCGUUCGUGUUGAAACAAACAAUCGAGUAGAAACAUCUCCCAAUGUGGAGUCCAAGACAGGUGCACCAGGUCCACAAGGCCCAGCUGGUUCAAAAGGAGAAAAAGGAGAAAAGGGCAGUCAAGGUGAGAGGGGUCCUGGUGGUCCAAAAGGAGACAGUGGAACUGGAUCAGCGGGAAAGCUCCGUGGAGAAAAGGGUGAAUCGGGAGAAAAGGGCACCAAGGGAAGUGCUGGCUUUGGAUACCCUGGAGUGAAGGGGGAUCCUGGUCCCCCUGGUCCUCCUGGGCCCCCAGGACCCCCCGGCCCUGCGGCAGAGGUGCUGAAGCGUGGAGACGGUUCAGUGGUGCAGCAGGUAGUGGGAGCAAAGGGUCCCCCUGGCCCCCCUGGACCCCUAGGGCCACAAGGACCACCAGGAGCAGAUGGAGAGCCUGGUGAUCCAGGUGAAGAUGGUAAACCGGGUGCAGUUGGCCCACCAGGUUUUCCUGGAACUCCAGGGGAUGUCGGAGUCAAAGGAGAAAAGGGUGACAGAGGUGAAGGCCAACCUGGACCCAGGGGACCCCCAGGGCCGCCUGGACUACCAGGACCCUCUCGCUUUGAUAGACCCACAUUUGAUGAUAUGGAAGGUUCUGGAUCCCUGGAUUUGGACAGUUUCCGGGGUCCCCCAGGUCUUCCUGGGCCACCUGGCCCUCCGGGGCCCGCUGGUCCUCCCAGCAACCCCGGCCCGCUUGCUUCUCCUAUCCUUGGACCUCCUGGCACCCCAGGCCGUGACGGGCGAGAUGGAGCAAGAGGGCCACCGGGUCCCCCUGGGCCUCCAGGGAAUGAUGGACAACCAGGAUUAGCAGGGCCUAAAGGAGAUAAGGGUGAUGCAGGUGAAUUAGGCCUUCCUGGACCAGUUGGUGAGAAGGGCUCAAAGGGUGAUUUUGGGCUGCCUGGCCAGCCUGGUAUAGGGGGAUUGGCUGGUCUUCCUGGACCAAUGGGACCUGUAGGACCCCCCGGCCCACCAGGACCCCCAGGACCAGGCUUCCAAGUUGGCUUCGAUGAUAUGGAAGGCUCAGGAUUCAUGAACGGAAUUGCUGGUGCAAGAGGACCAGAGGGACCACAGGGUCCUCCUGGGAUUCCAGGCAUACCGGGCAAGCCUGGUUUCUCUGGUUUACCUGGUGAAAAGGGGGCAGCAGGAAUUUCAGGAUUGGAUGGAAGACCAGGACUAGAUGGGUUCCCUGGACCUCCGGGGCAAAAGGGUGAUACAGGAGAAAAAGGUGAAAGAGGUGAACAUGGUCGAGAUGGAGUGGGAAUUCCUGGGCCUCCUGGUCCCCCUGGCCCUCCUGGACAAAUCAUCUAUCAAACAUCAGACAAUGGAGGCCGUGGCGUGCCUGGCCAAGCAGGAUUUCCUGGAGAAAAGGGAGACCCAGGUUUGGUCAUUGGGCCAGAUGGCAAUCCACUCUUCUACCCACUAGGUGGACCGAAGGGGGAGAAGGGUGACAGAGGACCUGCUGGACCCACUGGGCCUCAUGGUACUCCAGGACAGAAAGGAGAAAUUGGAAUGCCUGGUAGACCUGGUCGUCCUGGUGUUAACGGGUACAAAGGUGAAAAGGGUGAGCCUGCAGACCCGAUUGGCAGAUAUGGCUAUUCCGGUCCUCCUGGCCCUCCUGGUCCACCAGGACCCCCAGGACCACCUGUCGAUGUCAGCCAGUUCUUGCGAUAUGAUGCAACUGUACGCCAACAACCAGAAAUAAAGGGAGAGAAGGGGGAUCGUGGAUAUCCAGGGGCACCUGGUGUACCAGGUUUCAGCUCUGACUUUGAUAUUUAUGCGUUAAGAGCGGAGAUGAAAGGUGAACGAGGGGACCCUGGGCUGAAGGGAGAGAAGGGAGAACCAGCUGGAGGUUAUUAUGAUCCCCGGUAUGGUGGACUGCAGGGAUCUCCAGGGCCACCAGGCAGCCCUGGACUGCCAGGUCCUAAGGGUGACUCUAUCAGAGGCCCCCCUGGUCCGCAGGGCCCACCCGGGGCCCCAGGGAUUGGUUAUGAUGGCCGUCCAGGAUCUCCAGGUCCACCAGGCCCCCCUGGACCCCCAGGAACCCCAUCACUGCCUGGGGCAGCCAGACACCCUAUCAGUAUCCCAGGCCCUCCAGGACCUCCUGGCCCUCCUGGUUCUCCAGGAUCGUCCUCUGGGGUGACUGUUUUGAGAUCAUAUGAAACGAUGAUUGGUACAGCUCGCAGGCUGUCAGAAGGCAGUCUCAUCUUCAUCCUCGACAAGGCAGACCUGUACAUCAGAGUCAGGGAUGGAUUUCGCCAAGUUUUGCUUGGUGACUACAACCACUUCUUUUCACAUGGGCAGGACAAUGAGGUGGCUGCUGUCCAACCUCCUGUUGUCCACUGGUCCCAAGAUCGUUCUGUGGACAAUGGAGCUGAGCGCUUUUCCCAGGUCAACCCUCCUGUAGACAUCCCUAUUGUGCACCCUCCACCACGCCAACCUGACCAGACCUAUAUACACUUCCCCAGCCCUCCCGAGCGAGAGCCAUCAAGGAGGACACCUGUUGUUCCAGAAAAUAGAUACCCAUUACAGCCAGACACCCGGUACCCCAUCUCAUCUCCACAUAGACCCAGCCAACCUGAGAACGCUCCUUCCAAUCUCCACACCCACUCCUCUGGACCUGCACUCCAUCUGAUCGCCCUCAACUCUCCACAAGUUGGCAACAUGCGUGGCAUCCGAGGAGCAGACUUCCUGUGCUUCCAGCAGUGUGGUCUUUCUCCUCUCCAGGAUCAAGUGAUGUUUGAUAGCUGGGAGUCCUUGUUCAGUGGGUCAGAUGGGCAGAUGAAACCCAAUGCACCAAUCUACUCCUUCGAUGGCAGAGAUAUUCUCAGAGACAGUCAUUGGCCCCAAAAGAUGGUCUGGCAUGGCUCAAACAGCAAGGGCCAUCGGCUAACGGACAAUUACUGUGAGACGUGGAGGACAGAGGAUCGUGCGGUGACUGGCUUCGCCUCCUCGUUGGAGUCUGGGCAGCUCCUUCAGCAGAGACCCCAGAGCUGCUCCAACUCCUUCAUAGUCCUGUGCAUUGAGAACAGCUACAUCACACAGUCCAAAAAAUAAAAUCACUGCUUCCCUUGCCAAGCUUUAUACAGCUGGCAAAGCACAGGCUCCCACCCAGUGGGUCUGUCACACUUGCCUCACUGAGCAGUUGUCUUCUCCUCCCCUCUGUAAUGCCAAAGAGAUGGGUCUAAUAAAAAAAAAGUGUUCGAUCUUCUUCGGGCAUUGGCACAUACUGAACUUCUGAGGAGAAUAAACCAAGGGAGGGAAGAAAAAGCUAACUUUGGCAAUGUUCAUGUGUAACAGUUUCAGUUUUGUAUAUGGAAUGUUUAUUAUGUUGUUGCUGUUGUUGUUCCUUUUUUAAACAAAACGUUUUUAUUUGGAAUAUUUAACCAUCUGUAGCUAUAUAUAUUUUUUGUAUAACACCAUUUUCCUUGUUUUUUCCAUGCAGUGACUAUGGGACAUCAAGGGUUUGAAAUCCCUUCAGAGUAUUUUUAGAAAGAGGAAAAUAUUUAUUUCGAAACUGAAAUAUUGAAAAACAGAGAAAUUGGAAAUUGUUUUUCUAUAAUAAGGCAAUGCCUAAUUUUAAGACACCUUUUAGAAUAUCUUUUGAACAUUCUGUCAUUGAUGUGUGUUUUUUUACCAGAGCUUGAAAAACGAAAACAAAUGUAUUAGGUCAUGGAAAUGUUUAAUAGUGAAUGUGCAUUAGAAGAUUUGAGCAGAGACUAAGGAGAAUUUGUAUUAUGGCUGUACUUAAAAUGUCUGUAUUACCCAAAAGGAUUUUUGUACAAAAAAUAUUUUGACAAAAAUGGUGUAAUUAUGUAUUAGAGAGUAGAUAUGUUAAGAUCUAAGUGUUAAUAUCUCAUGUUUAAGAUUUCAUAUGUUAGUAUAGUGUAUGUACUUUUACAGCAAGAGUAUAUAGUGCAUCCUAGUAGACCCUGGACCACAACUGAAAUUCAAAUUUUUUAAUCAUUCAUUUGCACCUGCAUCAAUUAUUAACAUAUUCAAUCUUUGGUAACUGAAUUCUAGAAGCACAUUCUGAGCUUGUCCAGCAUUUGAUGGAAGGGAGAUCUAGCUACUGUUACAGAUCUUCAAACAUGCUUUUUAAUUUUUGUUUUUCAACAGCAUUUUUAAGCAGUUUUAACUCGGUGCUAUGUUCAUUUUAGCCACUGCUGUGAAGAAUAAAAAAACUGUGUAUUUUUGAAGACAUUUUGUGUUAUUCCCUUUUAUUUUUUUCUUUCCUUGACUAAGACUGACUGUUGUAGUGCUACUGAUAAUAUACCAAGUCAGAACCAAUUAUAACCUGUGGACUUGUUUCGUAACCUAUAUGUGCUGUGCAAUUUCCCUGAGGCACUGAAUAAAUUCAUUUUGUCUUUCA